AUGCCAUCCUUCAAUCAGAGCAUUUUCCACCCUGCAGUCUUCUUUCUUACUGGCAUCCCUGGCUUUGAAACUUACCAUGCCUGGCUCUCCAUCCCUUUUUGUUGUCUCUAUGCCAUUGCCAUCUCUGGGAAUGGCAUGAUCCUGUUUGUGAUCUUCACUGAGUCGAGCCUCCAUGAACCCAUGUACUAUUUCCUCUCCAUGCUAUCUUUCACGGACCUAGGACUAUGCCUUUCCACAUUGGUCACCAUGCUGGGUAUUUUCUGGUUCAAUGCUCGAGAAAUUAGUUUUGAUGCCUGCAUUGGUCAAAUGUUCUUUAUCCAUGGUUUCACAUUCAUGGAGUCCUCAGUACUCCUGGCGAUGGCCUUUGAUCGCUUCACUGCCAUCUGUAACCCACUGAGGUAUGCCACAAUCUUAACCAAUUCAAGGAUCAUCAAAGUGGGCUUUGCCAUUGUUAUUAGGGGGACAACGGCUCUAGUGCCUUUACUCCUGCUCCUAAAGCGUCUGUCUUUCUGCCAUGGCCAUGUUCUGCACCAUUCAUAUUGUUUCCACCCUGAUGUGAUGACACUUUCUUGCACAGACACCAAGAUCAACAGUGCAUUUGGUUUGGCCAUUGUCAUAUCAACUGCUGGCCUAGACUCUGUGUUUAUCCUCCUUUCCUAUGUUCUGAUCAUCCACUCUGUGCUCAACAUGGCCUCCCCAGAGGAGCGGAAAAAGGUCUUUGGUACCUGUGUCUCUCACAUAAGUGCUGUUGCCAUCUUCUACAUUCCCAUGAUCAGCUUGUCACUGGUGCAUAGAUUUGGGAAACAAGCCCCUCCCCUUGUGCACACUCUCAUUGCCAAUGUUUAUCUGCUCAUCCCUCCUGUGAUGAAUCCCAUAAUCUACAGUGUGAAAACCAAGCAAAUUCGUAAGGCAGUGCUCAAAAUAUUCCUUUCUAAGAUGAUUUAG